UGACCACUCCGCAAGUUACCUCCAUUCUACCCAUCAUAGAUGUGCAACUACCACAAUCUUCAUCUGCUAUACUAAUUGAGGAUAUAACAUCAAACGGCCCUUCCAUUUAUCCUAAAUCUCGUGCACGCUCAUGCCUAUAGGCAUGGGGCCAAUGUCUAGUUCUAUAUCUAAUGGCGCAAAUUCGAUCCUAGAUCUCAUUAGGACCGAAAGACAACAGGCUUUCGAGGACGGCCAGCGACAGAUGGCACACACUCAGCAGCAACAUAACGAGUAUCACCUAUCAUAUUCGAAAGCGGUUCUGGAAGAAUCAACUAAGCGACGUGAGGCUGAGGACACGGUUGCGUAUCUUUCAACCGAACUGGCCAGAUAUACCAAGGAGGCCACUGAAGUACAGGACAUUGCUUUGCAAGCUAGAGCAGAUGCAACUGCGGCGCAGAACACCACUUCUGAAGCUGAAAGAGCAGCAGAGGAAGCUCGCAGUCACCUCAUGGUGGUUCAGGAUGCGCUUCACCAAGUUGGCAUUACUGUUAGUUUAGAUGACUCUGUAACAUCUAACACGCCGAAGAUAAUAUUGGGCACGCCAUGGCUGGAACUCAUCCCAUCCCAAAUCCAUAGCUCAGAUACGCCACUCCCCGAUUCUUCCGGUGCUCCAGAUGACAAGCCGAGUUCCUCCCCUCCCCCUACCCUCUCGCCAUUAAAAUGUAUCUCUUUAAUCAAAGAACACAUUAAUUAUCUCAGCGAUACUUUGACUAUCGCCCAAAACAGCUGCAAAGAUCUUGAAUCUCAACGAAAUCAGCUCCAGAAUGACCUCUGUACGCUGGGCCACGAUCGAAACGAGCUUGAAAGCUUAAAAAAGGAAACGGAAGACAACGUGAAGAUGCUCAGCCAGUGGAAAUCCAAACUCACAAAACUGGAACAUGAGAUACAGUGGUUGAAAGUAGAACGAGAUGACGCAGUCAAAGCCCAAGCAGAGGCUGCCACUGCUCUCGAAGAGAUGAGGAGAACCUCGGCAGCCAGUGCAGUCACUCUGAAAUCCACGUUUAACCACUUACAAGAUCAGCAACGUCAAGCCGAGGCGAACGUGGAGAAGGUCCAGCAAACCCUGGCAAAAUCUAUUGAAGCCAAAUCCAUGCAAAUCUGUGACUUGCAGGGCCGGCUCGUGCAAAUCACGGCCACCGUAGAUGAAUGGGAGGGUAAAUAUGAUGCAGUCACAAAGGAGCAUGACUCUCAGAAGCAGCUCCUGGUCGCUGAACGGCAGAGAUACGAAGAAGUAAGCUCUGUCCAAAGGGAACAGAUAGACGAUAUGCAGAAACGACUGGAUGCUAGUGCCUCAGAGGACGUUGUGAUGGCCAAGGUGUCACGAAUAGAGGAGCUGGAGACGGAACUGGCCUUAAUCCAGGCACAACACGCAAAGUUGAACCAGGAGAAAGAUGAAGCCGUUUCUUUGGUCAAGUCUCGCGAUACACAAAUAAAAGAGUUGCGGGAGACACUCACGGUAUCUUCAAGUCGCAAAUUAACGACGGGGUGUGCACCGAAGAAUAACUCAGGUGGAAGUUCCGGAGAGAAGAAAGCUCGUUCAUCAAAACCAUCGACCCCUCAUGACCAAAUCCAGUUCAGAGCGCCUGAGGCGCGCCCCGUAGCCGUGUCGACAGCCGAUCAGCGGUCUAAGCAGAUCACCGGCCCUAAGAAAAUUGAGAAAAAGUCCAAGUCAUCCUCAAGCACUGCAUCACCGGGUUUCUCUGCCGCUCGCCCGAUGGAGAUCGACUCAGCGUCAUCGACUGACGUGGAAAUCAUCUCAGGACCGAUACCAAUUAUCUCGCAGGGAUCUACGAAGCAAAAGUCUCUCCGUACUGGAUCGAACAAAAUACCUUCAGGUGUUAAUACUCUCCAGACGGUCGAUUCUCCUACAGAGAAGACCAGUCUCAAGCGUACUGCAGACAUGAACGAUUCUUCCACACCGCCUACAAAGCGGCCUAAACUCUUUCUUGACUCAUCCGCUAGCUCCGUUGAGAAAGUCGCGUCUGCUGCAUCCAACUCGCCGGUUUCAACUCCCUUGGGAUCGAGAUCGGGGACACCUUCACCGGUCAUUGCAAAACCUGUCUUCAACUUUAAAUUUCGAAAACAUUCUGCACAAAUAAGUACCUCGGUUUCCUCGGGCGAUGUGAUGUCGUCGAAGUUAUUGCUAGUUCGCCAAAUGUACGCACAUCCCAGAGCGCAACUUCAACCGAGGCCCCGUCUGCGGGAGCCAGCGACCGUGCACGCUUGGGGCAAAACCUCGAACCCGAUUUCUGCGACAUGGGCAAAUCAAACCUGCCGUAUCGACAGCUGGCGAGGCCACCAGCUCCAAGCAUGCUGAAUUCAAAAACUUCAACCCUAGCGAUGUUCUUGCAAAGGAACAGCCCUCUGGGUCAUCGGCCCGCACAACAGCAGCGAGUGCAGAGCAGCUGCGAAACGCACAAGCUGCAGCAUCCGCCACCGCACCCCAUAGCCGAGAAGUCUCCUCAUCAGCAUCUGCAAAAAGCAGGCCGUCUUUGCUGCGCCAAUUCAGUGGGUUUAUCU